AUGAUGGAGCAAGAAUCACGAAAAGCAUCAGAUGUGACUAUCGAGAUCAUCGACAACGAACAAGAUUUCACCACAGCUUUCGCCGUAAUCUCAGCAUGCUUCGGCCGCCAAACCAAUGAUGCUUUCUGGCAAGCCAUGAAUCCUGGUUGGGAUGCCCCUGAAGGCGCGGCUGCAGGAACAAAUCGCAUGGUUCAGCGCUGGCAAUCCACCACCAAAAACAAUUCUGGAGAACCCAACACAGUGCAUCUCAAAGCCACUGUACCGGACCCUAACAACCCAGGAAAACGUAUUGUGGCUGGGAUAGCUGUCUGGGCCCAGUUUUCCAUGGUUGAGGGGAUGGGAGACAAGCAAUCGACUGAUGUCGAUACAGCACUUGACCUCGAGGAAUUAUAUCCAGGCAAUGUAACCGAGCAGAGGUUCCUUCGUCAAGGCUUUACAUCUUUCAUGAGCCACCGUGUCAAAACGCUGGAAGAGAAAGCUACUACCUCAUCACCUGCAACAUUCAGUCUAGACAUGUGUGUUGUGCAUCCGGAUUUCCAAAGAAGAGGAGUUGCCAACAAGUUGGUGGAGUGGGGAUUAGAAGAAGCCAAACGAAGAGGGGCUUUGGAGUCAACGACCGAAGGAUCUGCUAUGGGUAGAUCUGUGUACAAACGGCUGGGGUUCAAGCCUGUGGGAGAGGUCGUAUAUGAUAUGGACCCCGAGUUCAGGGACCGAGGUUUACCUUCGAACAUGUUUAUGCGCACUGGCAUGAGCACUUGA